CUUCCACCGCCGCCGAUGUCGUUGGACUCGGUCGCCACCGCCGGGACAGCCACCGACGAUGUCCGCCACUACCGGCACCACCACCGUCACCAUCAUCACCAUCACCUGCAUCACCAUGGCAAACGUCACAGGCGGCCACCGCCUCCGCCGUCGUCGAGGAGACCGCCACCCGAGACUUCGGACUCGACGGCGGUGGCCACACGCGACACACCGGAAGCCGUUGCCGCAGCUUACCAUCAUCCAGUCAAGUACACGGGAUCCGUGGCGGUCAACUGUCACGAUCAGAUGGCACGAGUUGAAUUUGUCAGAAACCUAAUGGCCAAACACAGAAAGGUGCAGAUAGAAAAAGAAGUCUCCCUUUUAAUUACUGUGACCGGUAUCAAAGUAUGCAGUCCAGAUGGCAAGGAAGUUUUAAUGGCUCACGGACUCAGGAGAGUUUCGUACGCUACGUGUGAUCCUGGUUGUAAACAGUUUUGUUUCCUGGCAAGACAACCGGGUGGUCAUAUCAACAAACAGUACUGUCAUCUGUUCGUUACAAAGACGGCCGAACAGGCUGAAGGAUUAAAUUCUAUUGUGGGAAAUGCGUUUAGAAUGGCGUAUGCUGCCCAACUGGAGCUGGAGAGACGAUCGGUGACGAACUCGCCAAAAACCAAUUUGAACAAUACUUCUUGGAUGAAAUUAAACGAUAAAUUAAAUGUACAACGAAUCCAUAAUGGCUCUCCGCUGUCGAAGAAACUUAUCGAAACUCCUAAACCAACUCCACCAACCACCUUACCAGGCGUACGUCCUUUUGACCAUGACAAAGGCUUAGAUCUCACGCCAGGACAAUUUUCUACACCAACUAGUAGUGACGACAGUCCUGAUUUAAAUACAUACAAACGUAUGUUGGAAAAACCCCCAUUAAUUAAACGUUUAGCCAUGGGCCUAUCCGUACACAACAACUGUUCUAACGAAGACUGGUAUCCACUAGUUUGUAGCUCCUCUGUAUCAAGCUCGCCGUCUACUAAUAGUGAUGAUUGCAGUACACCUGAAUCUUCUCAGGAUAAAUUAAAAGACAAUAGAUUAACUCAAUGUAGUGCACGAUCACCGGAUUCGCCUACGAAUAUCAAACUUAAAAAUAAUUUGAUUUCAAAUGGUAUGGACAAAACUCCAACUCCUCCGCCUUUGCCAGAACGAUCAGAUAGUCUUCUGGAUAAACCAGAAGAAUGUGAAUUAAAAAAAGCCCCAUGGUUUCAAGCUGGAAUUCCAAGAGAAAUAACAUUGGAAGUUUUGGGACAAGAACCAGUAGGAGCUUUUAUGGUUCGUGAAAGUACCACCAAACCAGGGUGUUUCGCAUUGUCGUUAAGAGUACCUCAAGAAUUUCAUCCUCUAGGAAUCGCUCAUUAUCUAAUACUCAGAACGAACAAAGGGUUUAAAAUUAAGGGUUUUACGAAGGAAUUCACAACGUUAACCGCAUUAAUAACACAUCAUUCAGUAAUGCCAGAACUACUACCUUGUCCCUUGUCUUUGAGCCGGUACAAUCCAACAUUUGUAAAAUCUGAUUCCAAUCAGGAUUUUGCAGAUAUUGAUGCGGAUCCAGAUUACAAUACGCUUGCAGAUUUUAGAAAAAUGAUGGCCGAUUUAAAUGUAUAAACUUCUCAAAAUAAAUUAAAUUAAAUUAGCCAAAGCAAUAUUAUAUUAAUUAAAAAAGAUUUUUAUU